AUGAGACAGGCUUUGCUGAUGGGCGAAAAGGCACUUGACUCAGGCGAAACCCCUGUGGGCUGUGUUCUGGUGCACAAUGAUCAGAUUGUGGGGUUUGGCAUGAACGAUACGAAUAGAUCUAUGAAUGGUACCCGGCAUGCCGAGUUUAUAGCGAUUGCAGAGAUGCUUCAAUCCUACCCCAGGUCAGCAUUGCAAUAUACGGAUCUCUAUGUGACAGUUGAACCCUGUGUGAUGUGUGCGUCUGCAUUGAAACAGUACCGCAUACGCAGUGUCUACUUCGGCUGUGCGAAUGAUCGAUUUGGAGGCACUGGCGGUGUACUGUCUUUACAUUCCGACUCCUCAAUUGACCCACCAUAUCCCGUGUACGGUGGUCUAUUCGAAAAAGAAGCAAUCAUGCUGCUCCGUCGUUUCUACAUACAGGAGAACGAGAAAGCUCCCAACCCAAGACCGAAGAAGAAUCGCGAGUUGAAUACUCAAUUUGAGGAUGACAGUAAGGAGGCAUCUUCCAUGGUGUAG